AUGACUAUCCAGAUAGGAGAUACUGCUCUGCCCAACUCCCCUGAGGCACUCCCAGAGCGCACCUUGCAUGGCUACAGGAUUGAGCUUCCUUCAGAACGCUUGGCACUCUUCCCCAACUGUUUUCAAGGAAAGCAGGCCCAAGAUACACCCAGGAAGUGGGACACUGAGGCUCAGAGCACUCUUCUGCCUGGGUGUCAGGGCUACGCGGGCGUGGAGAUCCGCGACCUCAGCGCCUCCUUCCGCGACGGCCUGGCCUUCUGCGCCAUCCUGCACCGCCACCGCCCCGACCUGCUAGACUUUGAUUCGCUCUCCAAGGAGAAUGUCUAUGAGAACAACCGCCUGGCCUUUGAGGUGGCGGAGCGGGAGCUGGGAAUCCCUGCUCUGCUGGAUCCCAACGAUAUGGUCUCCAUGAAGGUCCCCGAUUGCCUCAGCAUCAUGACCUAUGUAUCUCAGUAUUACAACUAUUUCAACAACCCCAGCCCAGGCAGAGUCCCUCCACCUAUGAAGCGCCCAGCUGCUGCCUCUUCACCCCCUCUGCCAGCUCACAAGAAACCUGUGGCUAUGGCUGACAGCACCCCAGCACCUCAGGAUGAUGCGGCUGAAGGCCUAGCAGAGCGAGCCCAGCGCACCACACUCAGCAGCACCUGUGCUGCCUGCCAACAGCACGUCCACCUUGUCCAACGCUACAUGGUGGAGGGCAGGCUGUACCACCGCCUGUGCUUCAGAUGUAAGGAAUGCUCCAGCACGCUGGUCCCUGGAUCUUACCAACCUGGGUCAGAGCCAGGCACUUUUAUAUGCACCCAGCACCGUGGCAAACUGGGCCUGAGUGGGAGAGCAGAUGGUAGGCCUAGCCCAGACCUACAGUACCCAGCCAAGAGGACUGAGGUUGGGACAGUGAGUGUCCGUGAAGAUGUGCCCCCAGCAGAAGGAGAGGCAGGAAAGGAGGACAGUGCCCCAGUGCCUGUGGCAAUUGAAUUGGAGAGCCACCCCCGAGGAGAGGAGGAGGUGGGCAGAGGGGAGAAGACCAGUGCACCUGAUGCAGUGGAGACAGCGACACCCCCUGCCCUGACAGACAACACAACGUCAAGAUCUGAGUCCCCUUCUCAAACUCCAGCCAGGCCCCCUCUCCCCAUCAAACCAUCAGUGGCCAACCAGGACAAAACCAGCCCGCUGGACGGACAGCUCCGGGACCCUCGGCCCACCCCUGCACCGCGGAGGGCUACAGAUGCAACAGCCCUUUCACCUCCAAACUCCCAGCCCAUUCCGCGACCCAGAUCCAUCCAGAGUGAGGCCUCUGAACUGGGUCCCAGCCUAGUGAAUGGUAGGGUGCCUGAACCUAGCCCCCCAGUCCCAAAACCAAGAGGGAGACCCACGUCCUCUGAUCGAUCAGGAGCUUCUGCAAGAACAAAGAACCCUCCGUGGAUUGCUUUAGUGCAGGCUGAACCCAAAAAGAAGCCAGCUCCGCCCCCACCAGGCAGUGGCAGAGAGACCCCAAGCCGGACUUCAGAGGAAGAGGAUGGGGAAGAGGAGGUGAAGGCAAAGGACAGGGGCAGUGGAGCUGACGGCAGCGAACCCAAACCCUAUAACCCCUUUGAGGAUGAGGAGGAAGAGGAGGAAGCUGCCAUGCCCAAGAGCACACCAAAGCAGGAGCAGGGCGAGGGUGGAGCGAAACCCAUCCAUCCCUGGUAUGGCAUCACCCCCACCAGCAGCCCCAAGAUGAAGAAGCGGCCAGCACCAAAAGCACCCAGUGCCUCCCCGCUAGUUCACCAUCCCAUCUCCAGGCUCUCGCACUCGGAGCCAUCCUCCUCUGCUCCGUCUCCUGCCCUCAGCCUUGAAAGCAUCAACUCCGAGUGUUCAGCCAAGACUGCCGGUGACGCUGAUGAGAGCUCAGUGCCAAAGAGCUCCUCCGAGCCCACGGUCCACACCCCAGCUGCUUCCAAGACCUGCAGUGCAGAUACCCCACUCACCAGUGUCUCUUCCAGUGAGAGUCCCGCUGCCCCUGCCAGCCUCUCUACCAACUCCUCCUUCUCAUCCUCCAGUGAGCUGGCCAGCUACAGUGGGGAAGCGCAGGGUGGGGCCCUGCAGACCAGCAGGAGCUCUUCUGCCAGCAACUUGAAGACCAGCCCCAGCCGACUCCCCCCAAAGCCUCCUGCUGGGGCUAGCCCCACUCCUAUCCUAUUGGCCUCAGAUGUGGGUGCUGGCGCCCUCACAAAUACCCCCUCACCCAAGCCACUGCUGAAGUCUUCCUGCAAAGAAAACCCCUUCAACCGGAAGCCAUCACCGGCUGCUUCCCCUUCAGCCAAGAAACCCCUGAAGGGAUCCAAGCCAGUGCGCCCUCCUGCACCAGGGCAUGGCUUUCCACUGAUCAAGCGCAAGGUGCAGGCAGAUCAGUACAUCCCGGAGGAGGAUAUCUAUGGAGAGAUGGAUGCCAUUGAACACCAGCUGGAUGAGCUUGAGCAUCGAGGGGUGGAACUGGAAGAAAAACUCCGCAGCACAGAGAAUGAUAGCCCCGAGGACACACUACUGGUGGACUGGUUCAAACUCAUCCACGAGAAGCACAUGCUGGUGCGCCGCGAAUCUGAGCUCAUCUACAUUUUUAAGCAGCAGAACCUGGAGCAACGUCAAGCGGAUGUGGAGUAUGAGCUGCGGUGCCUUCUCAAUAAGCCUGAUAAGGAGUGGACAGAGGAGGACCGUGCAAGGGAGAAGGUGCUGAUGGAAGAGCUGGUGACCAUCAUUGAACAACGUAACGCCAUUGUCAACUGCUUGGAUGAGGAUCGGCAAAGAGAGGAAGAGGAGGAUAAAAUGUUGGAAGCUAUGAUUAAGAAGAAAGAAUUUCACAAGGAAGCUGAGGCUGAGGGCAAGAAGAAAGGAAAGUUCAAACCCCUGAAAGUGCUCAAGCUGCUUGGCAACAAACAGGAGUCAAAGAGCAAGUCACCCAAGGAAAAGACCUAGAGCAGGAGAAGGCCAGAAGCGAGGGUGGAUCCAUUGCUGCCUGACUGUCAGCCUUCCCCGCAGCUGGCCAGAUCCCUGCCAAAGGGGCUGCCACCCCUGAAGCUGUGCUUCUCCACUCAUCGUCCCCAAGCAGUCCCAACACUGGCUUCCCCCUGUGGGAGCUCAGUCAGUUUUUCAGCCACAGAUGUGGGUCUGCCCAAAUGGGGGAGAGGCAUGGCGGGGCUGAUCAACUGUGCUCCCCUUUUCUCAUACUGUGGGGAGCUGCCCUGAGGAAAAAAGCUACUGUGUUCCCUCCCCUCCACACACAAACCCUUGGUGGGGGGCAAGAGGAUGAAAAGCUUUAGGAGAUAUGUUACCCUGUUGUGUGUGUCUAUGUAUGCACGAACAGCAAGGAAAGGAUUUGGGGGUUUAUGGGAAACUUGCACUAAUGGCCCUCACCUCUUCCUCUAACUGUGAUAGUCACAUGUGCCUCGUACCCACUGCCUUGGGGCCAGUGGACCUAGCUGUCCCUCGCUGACCUCCAGCUCUUUCCUUUGCUGUCUAAAUUCCCCCAGUCAUGUUGCGUUUGAAGCUCUGGGUGUGUGCGCACAGGGUUGUCAUUUAAUUGGCAUAAACUACAAUUCAGGAAACAUUCCUGUGUUACAAGGUCCUAAACAAAUAACCAAAAAA